GUUCUAACCACGGAUCGCUUUCAAAGAUUAAUGCCUGGAGACCGAUUCGAAUGGUCUGGUGGGGUACAUUUAAUGCAAUUAAUCACUUGAUGUCAACGAGGCAUUGUAGUUCGGUGUAGUGAUUAUUAUUGCAAUGUCUGGGCAUAGACAUGGGCGACAUGGGUGUGAUGGAGAUCACAAUCACGAUGAAACACCAGAAAUGGGGUUACAGUAUAGUUUGUACUCUAAAAUUGACCUUGGAAAUUUAGAAUGCCUGAAUGAGAAAUGCGAGGGUUCUGGGAAAGAUGUGUUUAAAGCAUGGGAAGAUCGGUUUGAUUUUGAAAAGUAUGUGGAGAGUGAUGCUGAUGAGGAACUGCUCUUUAACAUCCCAUUCACAGGCAAUGUAAAAUUGAAAGGUGUUGUUGUUGUUGGUCGAGAAAUGGAUUCACACCCUUCAAAAAUGAAGCUGUAUAAGAAUCGACCACACAUGACUUUUGAUGAUGUUGGUGCACCAGGGGAUCAGGAAUUUGACCUUCAUCCAGACAAUACUGGAACAUUAGAGUAUUCCACAAAGGUAGUGAAGUUUUCCUCAGUCCAUCAUCUAACAUUAUAUUUUCCAACAAACUUUGGAAGUGAAACAACCAAAGUAUAUUACAUUGGCUUAAGAGGAGAGUUUUAUGAAGCCCAUCGUCAUGGUGUCACAAUCUGUACAUAUGAAGCUAGACCUAAUAUUUCUGACCACAAGACAAAUGCCUUUGAUUCUGUGAGUCAUGAGGUGCAGUGAUGGUGGAUUGUUAUGCUUGUACAAGCAGAAUGAUUAUAUCGUGGCUACAAGUAGCUAUAGCGCUAUUGCUGAUUCACGCUCUGCAGUUGAGUCUUAUCAGUCUGCUCUGUCUUCACCAGUGGACAUUCCCCUGCUCCCGGGCUCACAUCCUCACGGACUGGCAGCCAUCUCACACCAACAUCUUGUUCUUCUAACUGCCAUCAAAGUCGCAUCGUGACUGAUGGCCAGUCAGUCAGUCAGUCAGUCAGUCAGUCUUGGUGUCAAGCUGCAUUUGGCGCUCAUGACCAGAUAUUUAUUACUAUUUGACAGUUACAGUGUAAUUUUCAGACAUGUUUGUUAUAAAGUGUAUUGAAAUUAAAGGCAGGAGUGUUUGCUUUCUGACUGACCCAUGUGUAACCACUUGUGAAGAAACAGGAGUAACGUAGAACCCUUGCUUUGUGAACAAGAACAUUAAAUCUUAGCACUGUGCUUAUUGAUGACAUUUGACUACAAUCUCAGUUCAUUAAGUAGGUUAAACUUGUGACAGUAAAA